GGAUACGUGGAAAACACAUGCUUAGACGCAUUUUCCACAACGUGCAACACUCACACUGCAUAAGAAAACAUGGUCAGCAUUAUAUAGUGCACAUGCCCCGACCAUAUGUCUAAAAUGCUAACGAAGCACUGUCCGCUUCGCUCUGUUUGUCUUUGGAAUGCACUGCGUGCACAUGAAAUGGACAGCGGUCCACGGGUGUGUGACUGCGGCAGACCUUUCAUGUCCUUACGGACUUUAAGCUCGCAUCGUGCGAGGGCAUGCCUCGCCGUGGCGGAUGAGGGAGCGCAAAGGCAGGAGAAUGAUGCUGCCCACGACCCGGGACCAUCCAACAUAGGCGCAGCCAAUCUCGCUGGUGAUGAGAGCGAGGACGCGGGGGCGGAGGACGACGCGAAUGGAGCAGCCGGUGAUAACGCAGAGCCGGCAGCGCAACCCGUCGAGCCUUUUGACAGCUCGCGCAGGCUACCAGCGCUUAUUUUCUCCGCCAGGGGCGGCGUCGGUAUGUCACAUACGGACGUUAAUACUCUCUUGUCACUUCUCAAAGACCCGAGAUUCAGCGCGACGAACAUUGCGUACCGCAACAGUCGAGAGUGCUUCGCAUGGGCGGGCAGUCUAGCAGAGGCCGCUGGGUGGAAGGAGUUGGAUCUGCGUAGUGACGACAGGCCUCGAGAAGCGCACGCCGUCUUGUGGCACCGCGAUUGGCGAACUGCAUUCUUAUCGAUAAUGCACGUCCCGUUGCAGAAAUGCGAGACGGUUCAUUCCCUCGAGGUGUCCCCGCCGUCGGAGGACAACAGUUCCACCGCAUUCAGGAAGCGAAAGGCCGUCAUCUUCCACAAGGCCCUUUCGACGGUCUUGCAAGCUGCGAAGGAGGCAUCGCACGACGGCAUCACGAUACCAUCGACGCUAUUCGGGGACGUGACUGUCCACCCUUUCCUCCUCAACUAUAUACAGGACUACCCAAAGCGAUGUGCGCUGGCGAAUGUGAAGUUUGGUGUAUGCCCUACAUGCACCGUGUCGAAAACGGACCUCAAUGUCGUGGCCGAUUUCACGGACAGCAGGAGAUCCCAGAUGCUGGAAACUCAACUCGCAGCAGCUGUGUUCAAGGCGGACGACGAUGACGUGCGCCGUGCGGCAGAAGGGCGAAUGGCGGAGUUGGACAUGCAUAGGCAUGUUGAACAGAACGGUCUUUGGGAGUUCUACAGGGGGCCGAGUGGCGAUGAUCCUCAGCUAGACUACCACCUCGCAUUGCAACCAGAUCGUAUGCACACGAUCGAACACGGCAUAUUCCUGCACAUGAUCGACGCAUUCAGGACGACAGCCUUUGAGAAGUUGCCGAACACACCACAAACAGAGAUCCUGAAGGAACUCAAUGCGAGAUUGCAAUGCGUUAGUAAGAGAAGGGGAUCAACGAUGGCAGAGUCGCACAACAGUAGCAAUUGGUUGGCCGCUGCGAAGGGGUCAUACCAGCGUACCGAAACGGGUAAUGGUGCCAGGGAGGGAAAACCGUUGUUGCCAUCGAGAAGUCAAAGGUCUUUGAAAGCCGCGGGAAAGAAGGACAAGUGCCGGAAGAAAUCGAGGGCCGAAAAGAAGCAGUCGAAAGAGCAUCGCAGAAGCGGCGCCGGCCCCUCUGCGAAAACGGAACAUAAGCGCAGCCGUAAAUCCGGACCAAAAGUUACAAUCCCUUCGAGUGCACGGGAGAUUUCAACGCUGAAAGAACGUAACGAGUCGCCCCCCUCGACCCCCGUUCGGGGAAAGCGCGGAAGCGGCGCCGAGAACCGUCCGCCAAGGUCCCCGGAAAAAAAAUCGCGGGAUGAUAGAAGCGCGACUACGCACCACAAAACAAAGAAGAGAAUAUCCUACAAAGACGACAGAGCAGUGGAGACAAUCGAUAUUAGAGGGUCUGACGACAGGCACAGCGGACCCCAAGUGGAAGAAGAGGAGGAACACGACCGUUCCGCGCCAGAGAAGUCAGAUAGUGCGGAGGACGAGGAGCCAGGAAACGAGGGAGAUGACAACGAUUCUUACCGCAGACAAUCGCAAGACACUGAUGAGGACGACGACAGCGACGGCAAGUCGGCCAGCGAGAGAACCAGCGAAGACCAGAGUGCCGCUUCGGAAAGAGGUGGUUCGCCAUUUCCUUCGAGGACACUGCGUAGAGAAGGAGAACGGCAGGCAUGCAAUGGCAGCGACACCGAGGAGCGUGUCGGUGACAGACAAAUCGUACAGCACGUCAGCACCGCCGGAAAAGUGCGCGCAAGCGGCGGAGCCGUGCAAGGACCGAAGGACGAGGGCGCCGCAUUCGCGAAGAAAAUGAAGGGCAAGCUGUUGCGUUCCGUCGCCAAAGCCUUUGCGUUCUCUGCGGCAAACGACGCAACUCUGUACCCGACAGAGGACGAGUUUUUCGCGGCGGUGCAAGCGACGACGAAACUGGCAGGGGAGACAGCAGAGGAAGGGCUGCGGUCUCACAUAGCAGAGUGCGGGAUUCGAGCUUUCAUAGGGGAAUGCAACAGAAUGAUGACGACGAUCCGCGGAGAGAUUACAUGGCAACUAAAACAUUGGUUUUGGGCUGAAAAAGGGAUUCCGCUCGUCGAAUCGCAGCAAACGGACCACCACCUCCCCGCUCGCAACAAGAUGCGCACCGAGAUGAAGGAGAACAAGACAUGGAGACGGAGCUGCGAUGAUCCGUGGGGCGCCCCCGCCUUCAAGACGGCACUCUUAAAAGUUUUUCAGAUGAGGAAGGAAGGCCGGAACCUGGGCGUCACCCUGCAGCAACUGGCUUUUGCGAAGAUGGUCAUUCAAUGUGAGAUAGAACAGACAACGAAGACGACACGAGUUGCGGAGCAGAUAGAAAAAUUGGUAUCUAUAAAGCAAGCAAUCGUCUCAUCUCUCCGUAGCCGAGACACCGUAAGGAGUUUUUUCGUCUUCAAACUGGACCGUUCCGUAUCCGUGGCUGAGAAGGCAGCAACGCUCUUUCGCUCUGGCACGCCGUCUGUCCACAGGCCUGGGCCUCCAAGCACCACAAUAACGGAUAACGAUUACGACAUCGAGUUCAUUCUCCCUCAGAGUACAGCAACCGGAGACGGGGACAGGCACACCAACUGUCUGUGCGCCGCACCCUGAACAACGAGGGACAGUUUGGCGACAUUUCGACAUGGAAGGGAGGAUGCGGGGCAAUGACCAAACG